AUGAGCGCGCCGCUGUCUGCCGCCGAGGCGCUUUCCUCUCUGCUGUGGCAGCCCUACGAUUGUCGUUCUCCGCCUCUUGCGCGAUCACGAACCGAUGGCGCUCUCUCUGGAAUUCAGGGCUGUCAAAGCCCUAUGCGCGUGUGGUUUAUCGCGGGGGACGAGGCAUGCCAGUCGCCGAACGGCGGUCGUCAUGCGCGCGCGUCGUUGUCAAUAUUACCAGAGAUGCGGCUGCCAGUGCCGGCGCCCGCUCCGUUGCGAAAAUCCGACUCAGUGUCAGUGCGCGUACCGGGCGAGCCCAGUCAUGUGAACAUAGUGCAAGUUUCGCCAUUAAAUGUAAACAGUGCCGUGCAAACGGAAGCCGAGAGGAAUGUCGUCAGUGCCGAGUGCCAGACUGAGGAACCACGACGGCGGCGUGCUCGCCGGAGCAGGGCUCCGCGGGCCCCAGAGGAGACCCUGCCUCCACCUCCAUACAGCACGCUGCCUCCCGUACACCCUGUGUGUCCUGUGCCCGUACCGCCGGUACCGGCACCCAUCAUUGCCCCACACCCACCAGCACAUCGGUUCCCUUUUCAACCAGUUCCACUAAGGUAA